CAACGACGACGUUUAUCGUUGGUAUUAUUGAUACGGACGUUAAAGCUCAAGUCAACAACUGUUGACUAAUUUUCGUUUGUGGUCUGAGUUUGCGGUUUCAGUGAAAGAUCCCGUUUCUGUUGGACCUCUGAUUCUGAUUCCAUGUUAGGGUUUUAAAGGAUCCAUCCAAUUCCAGCUUCCUCUUUCCCAUGGAAUUGAAAAAGGGAAAGCUUGUAAGGUUCUACUCGGAUGGCAAAAAGCGUAAAGAAUCACUGUGGGGAGCAACUGAGCCUAGCAAUUUGGUACCAUCAGGGAAAAAGAGAAUUGCUGAAACAUUUAGAAUUGGAGGGUCCAAGGUAUUCCCGGAGGACCACGAGCCGUGGCGUAAGAGAAUACUUGACCCGGGUAGCGAGAUUGUGUUGAAAUGGAACCGGGUCUUCAUAGUUUCAUGCUUGGUGGCUCUUUUUGUUGAUCCAUUGUACUUUUAUUUGCCUAGUGUGGUUGAAAAUACAGGGUCUUCAUGUGUGAGGACGGACCUAACAUUGCGGAUUGUUGUGACCUUUCUUCGCACUAUUGCCGACGUUUUUUAUCUGUUGCACCUCAUAAUUAAGUUCAGGACGGCAUAUGUGGCACCAAGCUCGCGGGUAUUUGGCAGGGGUGAACUUGUCAUGGACCCAAAGAAGAUUGCAAGGAGAUAUGUCAGAUCUGAUUUCUUCAUUGAUUUUAUUGCCACACUCCCUCUACCUCAGAUGGUCAUCUGGUUUAUUAUACCAGCAACAAGAAGCCCUCAAACCGAUCACAAGAAUAAUGCACUUGCAUUGAUUGUUUUGCUCCAAUAUAUUCCUAGAUUAUAUUUGAUUUUUCCAUUAAGUUCUCAAAUAAUCAAAGCAACAGGUGUGGUUACGAAGACUGCUUGGGCAGGAGCUGCAUAUAAUUUGCUGUUGUACAUGUUAGCUAGCCAUGUUUUAGGGGCAGCUUGGUAUCUUCUUUCUGUGGACCGAUACACUACUUGUUGGAAAUCCUUUUGCAAAAAGGAAAGUAAUCCUGAAAAUUGCUUCAUUUACCUAGACUGCAGUUCUUUGAAUAUUGAGCCGCGCAAGAUAUGGGCAAAUGGUACAAGUGUGUUUAACAGCUGUGAUCCCAGUAAUGAUGAUAUCAAUUUCAAGUAUGGAAUAUUUGAAAAUGCAGUAAAGAAACAUGUUGUGUCUUCAAACUUCAUUCCAAAAUACCUUUAUUGUUUAUGGUGGGGAUUGCAGCAAUUAAGUUCUUAUGGACAGAACCUAGAAACUAGCACUUUUAUAGGAGAAACAUCAUUUGCUAUUGUCAUUGCCAUCUUGGGUCUUGUAUUAUUUUCCCAUUUGAUCGGGAACAUGCAGACAUAUUUGCAAUCAAUUACUAUAAGGCUUGAGGAGUGGAGGCUUAAGCGAAGAGACACAGAGGAGUGGAUGAGGCAUCGCCAACUCCCUGAAGAUUUGAAAAGUCGUGUUAGACGAUUUGUUCAAUAUAAAUGGCUUGCUACUCGUGGAGUUGAUGAGGAAACUAUUCUACGUGCAUUGCCUGCUGAUCUUCGCCGAGAUAUCCAACGCCAUCUGUGCCUAGACCUUGUUAGACGAGUACCCUUUUUCUCACAAAUGGAUGAUCAGCUUUUGGAUGCAAUAUGUGAGCGGUUGGUAUCGUCUCUGAGCACUCAAGGCACUUACAUUGUUCGUGAGGGUGACCCUGUGACUGAAAUGCUUUUUAUCAUCAGAGGUAGACUGGAUAGUUGUACUACAAAUGGUGGCCGGACUGGUUUCUUCAACUCGAUCAUAUUGAGACCUGGAGAUUUUUGUGGCGAGGAACUACUUUCUUGGGCUUUACUCCCAAAAUCAACCAUUAAUUUGCCUUCUUCAACUAGGACAGUUAAAGCCCUAAGUGAGGUUGAAGCUUUUGCUCUUCGGGCUGAAGACCUCAAAUUUGUAGCUAAUCAAUUUAGGCGCCUCCACAGUAAGAAGCUGCAGCACACCUUUCGAUUUUAUUCCCACCAUUGGAGGACUUGGGCAGCCUGCUUUAUACAGGCUGCUUGGCGCCGUUAUAAGAAAAGGAUGUCUGUGAAAGACCUCUGUUUGAGGGAAUCCGUUCCUUUAGAUGAAACAGUGGCUAGUGAGAGAGAACAUGAGGACUAUUCUGCUGCUUCAAAUUCAUCCCAAGUCAAAUUGAACCUUGGGGCUACAAUUCUUGCUUCUAGAUUUGCUGCUAACACACGAAGAGGAGCUCUGAAGAUUAAAGAUGACUUGCCCCAGUUACAGAAGCCUGAAGAACCUGACUUCUCAACCGAAGCCGAUGAUGAUUAGUAAAACUUAUUCAGUGGCGUUUGGUUUCUCAGAUUCAGUUGCAACCUACAUUCUAUUUUGGUAUGGGUCAUGAUUAUGUAGGUCACACAAAUCCUUCUUAUCCCUCUGCCAUAUGGCCAUGCUGGUGGUUGUUGGUGUAUUUUAACGAGUUCGAUAAAAGGGGGAAUUAAAAUGUUAUGCCGAGGGAAUGGUGAUGGUGGGUUUCUGAUAUAUAUUUUCAAUCUUCAUCUGGGUAGGUUGGUUGAUUACUAUUGUGCAAAGUAUGCAUCAAACCCACUUUGAUGGUCCUAAUAGAUAAAGGGGGUGAAAAAAGGGGCAAACUGAGAAUCGUUUUGUUUUUCUUGCAUUAUUAAUUCUAGUCAGCCCUUAAAUUCAACUCAGGAAUAUAGUUUGUAUCCUCUUCUGUUCUAAGAAGUUUUCUUUAUAACCUUGUACGCUAUUA